CAUAGAGCGGCAGAGGGAGACAGGAAAUCCUGACAUUGGGAAUAAUCAGUCAUUACCACACAGCCUGUCUGUAACCCGAACAAAGCCUCCGCUGACUGCACACAGCUGUAACUCAGCAGUAAACAAAUGCCAAGAUUAGAGGAGCACUGUUGGAGUUGCUCUUGCACUAGAAGAGACAAAAACAACAAAAAGAUCAGCAUCUGGCUGACACGCAGAGCUGGAGAAGCCAUGUCCUCCCUUAAUUCCCUAAUUGGUCUUGCCUACAGUACUCUAGUCAGCAGUCAAGGCCGCAAUCUAAUCCAGCGCAGCCUGGUUCUCUUUACAGUUGGUGUGUUCCUGGCUUUAGUCCUCAAUUUAUUACAAAUACAAAGAAACGUGACUCUGUUUCCCGAGGAAGUCAUUGCUACAAUUUUCUCAUCAGCAUGGUGGGUUCCUCCAUGUUGUGGCACUGCAGCUGCUGUUGUGGGUUUGCUGUAUCCCUGUAUUGACAGCCGUAUUGGAGAACCUCACAAAUUCAAGCGAGAGUGGGCCAGCGUCAUGCGGUGCAUUGCAGUCUUUGUUGGCAUUAACCACGCAAGUGCUAAACUUGAUUUUGCCAAUAAUGUUCAGCUGUCUCUAACACUGGCUGCCUUGUCAUUGGGUUUGUGGUGGACAUUUGACCGUUCCCGGAGUGGUCUUGGGCUUGGAAUUACAAUAGCCUUUCUUGCAACACUCAUCACUCAGUUCCUUGUCUACAACGGAGUGUACCAGUAUACUUCUCCAGACUUCUUGUACAUUCGAUCUUGGCUGCCAUGCAUAUUCUUCUCAGGAGGUGUAACUGUUGGCAACAUUGGGCGGCAGUUGGCAAUGGGUCCCACAGAAAAAUCCCACACAGACUAGAAGGGCACCCGAAAUCCGUGUCACUACGCCAGGAGAAGCGAAUACCGACAAUGGGAAAAGCAUGCACUGGGUCAAUGAUAACCCACACAUGUUGCAGCUGCAAACUAAACGUGACGACUGUUGCUUGUUCAUCUCUGAAUUUUGCAUUUCAUGGUGUGAAGGAAUGUUUGGCUUCCCAGAUGACAUACAAUCAUUUUUACUUUAUUGUUUCCUUGUGGCAGAAAUGAAGCUGAAUGGAACAUUGCUACAUUUUGCAGCAUCCGUAAUUGCUACAGGUGUAGCUUAUAAGACAGCAGGACGGUGGCUUGCAUUAAGUGGAGUAAGCUGCUUGACAUCUUUACAAACCAGUAUUAUGUCAACCUGCAGGGUCAAUGUAGUAUGGAGUCUUGAAGUGUUCUGUCCUAUUAGAGCUAAUUGUGGGUGCAAGGUGCUUUAAAACAAAGGGUGAAGUGGAAUUUAAUAGGAGUGUGUUAAUUAUCCAAAAUAUAAGGCAGUAGGCAUUAAAAUGGAAAUAUUGCAUAUGACGUCUGCAAACUUGCGCUAUUCCAUUGUAACAAACCCAGCGGAAACCUGGUAUUCUGCCACAAAGUAUAAACGUGUAAGAAGAACCAGCUCAGUUUCAGCAAAACUAGUGCACUUUAUUGAACAAAAAAGUUAAAAACACAAGCUAGUUGUUCAUUUUUAAAUAUCCGCUGCUGUAUCCAUCCAAGUAAAACAGAUAUUCAGGGUUU